CAAAUUUAUUAAUACUACAACAAAUGUUAAUUGUUUCUGUCUAAACAAAUUAAUUCACUUUUAUUAUUUGUUGGGAAUGUGUGGGUUGAGUUAAAUAUACGCGCGGAGGGAGGGGUAAGGGAAGUGAGCGAUCUCUUUUUAGGACAAGAAACGCUGGACCCUCCGAGAAAAGCUCACUCAAAGUCAGUUGUUUUCAACUCCCGAGGAAUGAGAGAGAGUGCAAAGGAGUAAGCUAGAGUGAGCCAGUGGGUACAGUGAACCAACGACCGCCAUAAUCUCCGUCUUUUACUCUCCGGUUCCGAUUGGUCGCUGUUCUUUCAACUUAUUCCUCCGUCUUAGCUCAGAGACAAAUGUGGUGCUUCAGUUUCUUCAACUGAAUAAAGGAGAGGAGAAUCGAUUUGCAUUUCGGAUCGGGUUCAAUAAUACAUAGACAUGGAUCCGCAAGCGUCCUAUAAUUUAGGAGGUGAUACGGCGGCGUAUAACUUACCGGAGAUCUGGCAGUUCCCGAUGAAUAACGGUCCCGGUGCCAGUGUGACGUCGUUUCACCACAGUAAUGCCACCACGAAUGAUUUAAUUGCCAGUAUGAGUAUGAAUACAAGCAUGAAUUUGAGUGUAAAUCGAGACCGUGAUCCGAAUAUAGUUAUGGAGCAAGCUCCGAAUCCGACUCCAAAUAAUAGCGGUGGCGGGGGCGGCGGUGUUCGGAGGAGAAGAGAGGACGAUGAAGCAGUUAAGGGUGCUUCAACUAGCAGCAAUGGCAAUGCCACGAAUGAAGGCGAUGCUAAAAGGCUCAAGUCAGGAGUAUCAAGUGAGAAUCGCGAAUCAAAAGCAGAAGGAGAAGCAAAUUCAGGGAAGCCGGCGGAAACAUCUGGAAAACCAGCUGAACCGCCUAAGCAGGACUACAUCCAUGUGCGAGCGAGAAGGGGUCAAGCUACAGAUAGUCACAGCCUAGCAGAAAGAGCCAGGCGAGAAAAGAUAAGUGAAAGAAUGAAAAUUCUCCAGGAUCUAGUCCCUGGCUGUAACAAGGUGAUAGGCAAAGCUUUGGUCCUUGACGAGAUUAUCAACUACAUCCAGUCCUUGCAGCGCCAGGUUGAGGUAUGCUUCUCUCAGGCUCUUGUGCUCAUUUCUGGUAACGGGGAGUAUACUUCUGAUGUAGCCAAUAGUGUAAUGUCUUAUGGAAUUUAAAAUUAUUUGCCUACCAGUUUCUUUCCAUGAAGCUUGAAGCAGUAAAUUCAAGAUUAAGCCCUGGACUAGAAGGAUUUCCUGCCAAAGAUGUAAGUGCUUAACACAACUCAUUUUUUUCCCCUAAAUUAUAGGAGUUAUAUUGAAAUGUCAUUUGGAAAUAGUGGUUAUGUGAGGUGAGUUCCUCAUAACUUGCAUGCAACUUGUAAAUCCAUUGCAAAAUCACAUACCCUUAAGAUCGCAAUACUUUUUCAGCAUUGUAAGAGUUUGAGAUCAAGCUAUAUGUAACUAUCUACACAGAGUUUAAUGGACUUACUCAAGCUAUGAAAACACCUGGGUUGGAUUGUCAAUAAUACUUUUACUUAAUAUGUUAAAAGUAGUGGAGCAGAACUGUGCUGAAGAUCAAAGAUAAGUUGUGUAGUCAAAGAUAUUCUGACAUCACCGCUAAGCUCAAUAAUCAUUUGUUUUAACUAUUUACUGAAGUGUUUAGAAGCUAUUGACUUUGCUCCGGACUUGAAUUCAUCAUGUACAAUGUAAAACCGAGGAAAAAAGGCUGCAUGUUGGCAGUUAAGUGUGUCUUCUAUGACAGAUAGAAAGAGGAUAACUUCCUCAACAUCAUUUGUUAAAGUUUGAUCCUUACAUCUUUUAUGUUUGAAGUUGCUCACAUUGACAUGUUAUGUUUUCCAGUUCGGCCAACAGUCAUUUGAUGCAUCUGGAAUGGCCUUUGCUUCACAAUCAAUGGCGAGGGGUGCAUCACCUGAGUGGCUACACAUGCAGAUUGGUGGCGGAUUUGAACGGUCGUCAUGAGUAAAUAAUUUAUAUCAACUACUACUAGUAAGAGUAUUGGGAACUUUGCCCAUUCUUUCAGUGGCCAUUAAAUACACCCAUCUGUUCGGUCCAAAGAAAAAAAAAACAGUAUCUCAGUUCCACAUUCCUAAUCAUGCUUCGGACGUGAGUGCUGUCUGUGUGACUACCGAAGCUCAUGUCAUAUAAUCACUACCAUCUUUUGUGUCUCAAAGAAAGAAAUUGGUCAACAUCCAUACAGCUUCUGGCAGGGUUAAUCGUUAAUUCUGGUAUAGUAUUCUUGUGAAGUUUGCAUGCGAAGAACUUAUACACUUGGAUUGAUUCUGUUCCCAAAGUUGUUUGAGAUUGAAGGUACUGAGAAGCAAAGUUCUAGCAAAUAAAUGAAAUUUAUGAGCAUGUAGUUGCUUCUUUCAUAUGUCCCGUUUGCGUUUGUUUUGACCUGUGGCUGAAACUGGGAAUUGUUGGAUUCUAAUGGUAUAUCGUAUGCAAUGAUUUUGGAACAUCAUAAAUAAUAUGUAUACAGACCUUCGAAAUCCCUCAUCACCUAUAAAAAUUUAACUAUGUAUUGAGGGCUCUGUCUGUAGCAAUCUGCGCAAGAUAAUACUGAAAACAUUCCACAAUCUAAAAGGACUUUAAUUUUUGAAUGCUUCUUGUUACUUGUGAAUUCAUUGUCGAGUGUUUUUCUGUGUCACACCUAAAGCCGACUGAAGCAUGCUGAAGAUGCAUCAUCUGAAGUACAUAGAAAUGUGUUACCAUACAAGGAACGGAACAGAUCUUGCGAAUAAGGACAUAGCUAAUUAGGUUAUUGGCUGUGGUCUGCCGUAAGAAGACCGAGGGUGGUGAGGACCAUUCGCACUGGAUUGAAAGUAUGAGACGGCAGACCAGAUAACCCGCAACAGCAAGAUUACCCCAAAGACAGUUCCACCAAGUGUGCAGACCACCUAAACGAAAUACAGAUUAUUAUUUAUUUUCCUUCUCAUCAUUGAUUUUGAACAAUCCUGUGUAGCUUAAGGUAGACAGCAAUGAUGUAAUACUACAAAGUAAGAAACUCAAACAGUAAUGAUGAUGAAGUAUACCUCAAGAAGCGCUUUCAAAACAGAAAGUGAAGCCAAGAGCAGAACCCCAUCAACUGCAAAUGAUACCUGAUCGAUUUGAUGGAGUAAAUGGAUAAGAAUGGUCAUCAAGAGUUCAAGGCUUUGAGAUACUACCAAUUAACCGAAAAAUUAACAUCCAGAAAUGUAGAAACGUUACCAGUUGGGGUGAGAAAACGUCGGGCAAAACGCUCCGGGAAGCUUUCCGAACUUGCUUUGAGACUUUCUUGAACAUGCUGUGAAGCAACUUUAAUAGCAAAUCAACGCUGCUCUCCGUGUUAUCCUCUUCUUCUUCAUCGUCAUCAAUGUCAUAUUCCUCCAUCACUUCACUCCCUCCAAAACUUACUUCAUUCAAAUCCCCCGACUCUGCGUUUGUCUAAGAAAAACAGAACAAAGAAAAAAGGUCGAAUAAUAAUGUUAGCAAAACGGGAUUCAUUUCGUCGUAUUAUCUGUAAUUGCGGUGGGUACCU